AUGCAGAGCACCACGGGCACCAAGGUGGUGUCGUACUUCCACGAUGACGAGAGCGGCAUAUUCAUGUACAACCCCGCACACCCCUGGCGGCCGCACCGCUCCACGCUGGUGCACAGCCUGGUGCAGGGGUACGAGCUGGAGGACAAGAUGGUGGUGCACCGCCCACGGGCGCGGUCCUUUGAGGAGCUCACCAUGUUCCACGCCGACGACUACAUCAGCUUCAUCCGCGCGGCCACGCCCAACCACAGCCAGGAGUACAUGCAGCAGCUCAAGCGCUUCAACAUGGGCGCCCCAGGGGAGAGCGACUGCCCCGUGUUUGACGGCAUGUACGAGUACUUUGCGGGGGCAGGUGGUGGUAGCGUCCGCCCGGCCAAGGUGUGA